GCUGGGUGGAGAGUUCUAACCUUAAGCUGUGAAUUAAAGGUGCCUUUGGUUUCUUUCUGGCUUGGCUCUGGUCUGUAUCCAGAGUUCCUGUAAAGUUCUGGAGAAGAGGAGCAUGUGCUCCAGAAGGUGGGAGUGGUCUCUGACUCUGGAAAUUCUACUGCUGCCUCAUUUGUUCCUGGCGAUCAGCAUACAAGGCCCUACAAAAUAUGCAAUCCCCGGCGGCAACGUGAGUCUACAAAUCUCCAAUCUGCCUAAGAACCACAAAUCACUCAUCUGGUUUUAUACUACUGACCAGAAGAUUGUAGAGUGGGAAUCUGGUGAUCCUAAGUACUUCGAUACUAAAUUUAAGGACAGGGCCACGCUUGAUCUUAAUAGUGGUACACUGCACAUCCGCAAGGUCCAGAAGGAAGACAGCAGUACUUACCUCCUGAGGGUGCAGAAGGACACUGAAGACGAGGACGAAUGGAAGAUUCCACUGGUGGUGCUUGACCCUGUACCGAAGCCUGUCAUAAAAGUCAAUAAGACAGAGGAGAACAGCUGCCACCUGCUCCUAUCCUGUGUGAUCCAGGACCAACCUGUAAACUACACUUGGUAUUGGGAAUCGGGGUCCUUUCCAAAACAGCUACAGAACAGUGUGCUUGAAGAGGUCCACACGCCACAAAACUACUCCAAGUCUUAUACCUGCCAAGUCAGCAACCCUGUAAGCAGCCAAAACAGCACGAUCAACUUCACUUCAUUCUGUGUAUGGGCCUCCUCCUCUGGAGUAGCUUGGAUGACAACUUGGCCAGUGAUCAUGGUAACCACUCUUCUCAAUCUCCUAUGGACCUAAGAAGAGCUAACUAGAGUGAAACUUCAAGAAUGCAAGAUCUUGCCCUCAUUAGUAAUCAGCUGUUAACCAGGACAGAAGCUCUAUCUAUAUGGAAUAGGGGAAAGGACUGAGAUGUCUAAAAGAACAUUCAAAUAAAUUUUUUAUAAUCACAGUAAUAUUUUAUUUUUAUAUUUUCUAAUUGUUUUUCUAGCAUACAUAUGUGCUUUCCCACCAAAAAUGGACAGAAUGUAUUCUGCAAUGUUUUCUUGUUUCAAUAAACAAUGAUAUAACUGUCAAAA